CCUGUCACUGCUGCUGUGAACACGCUAACAGAAACAGUGAUUUCAUUGUCUCCACGAUGUGGCUCUUGGUUUUCUUAGUGUGGUUGGUUAUUUGGGCCGGUGGCACGUACUGGUACCUGUUUGGGAAACCGAGCCCUUUCUCGCUGGAGUCAGUGAGACCGCCUGGACCUCGAGAGCUUGAUCAGAAGAAGCGGGACAAAGUCAUCAAGCAAGGUUUCAACCUUGACAAAGUGCCCCAGAACCUGGAUGUCAUCGUCAUCGGGAGCGGUAUUGGAGGGCUCACAGCUGGAGCCACACUGGCCAAAGCGGGGAAGAAAGUCCUGGUGCUGGAGCAACACGACCAGGCGGGAGGCUGCUGCCACACAUACGUAGAGAAAGGCUUCGAGUUUGAUGUUGGCCUUCACUACAUCGGUCAAGUCCACGAGAACAGUCUGCUGCGCAUCGCCUUCGACCAGAUCUCCGAGGGCCAGCUGGAGUUCCAGGAGCUAAAGCAACACUUCGACACCAUCCAGAUCGGCCUGGGUGACGAGAAACGAGAGUACACCAUCUUCUCCGGCAAAACCGAGAUGAAAGCCCAUCUGAUGAAGCAAUUCCCUGACGACACAGAGGCCAUCGAGACAUUCUUCAAAAUCAUGAAGAUCUCAGCUAAGAAGACUCACUACCUGGCCACUCUGAAGCUGAUCCCACAGUGGGUGUCUUUGUUCCUGCUGAAGUCAGGCAUCGGAAACCUCGUCACCCCGGUCUUCCGUCUCACUGGCACAUGUGCAACGGACUUGGUGAACACCCUGACCAGCAACAAGGACCUCCACAUCAUCUUUUCUUAUCUUUUCUAUGGCGUGCCUCCAAAGGAGUCCAGCGUCCUGAUCAAUGCCCUCCUGAUUCAUCACUACAAACGAGGCGCCUACUACCCUAAAGGUGGUGCCAGCGAGAUCGCCUUCCACAUCAUCCGCACCAUUCAGAAACAUGGAGGAAACUGCCUGGUCAGAGCUCCCGUCUCCCAGAUCCUGGUUAAUGAAAACGGAGCCGCUUAUGGUGUGAAAGUGAGGAAAGGUCAGGAGGAAGUGGAGGUUCACGCACCUGUGAUUGUUUCAAACUGUGGCAUCUUCACCACCUUCCAGAAACUUCUUCCCCCUGAGAUUCACAUGAAGACAGAUAUUCAGGAAAGACUGAACAUGAUGAAACAUGGCAGAGGAUCAUUCUUGGUCUUCUCUGGCUUUGAUGGCACUGAAGAGGAGUUGGGUCUCGAGUCCACCAACUUCUGGCUGUUCAAAAACAACGAUAUGGACAAGUCGAUGGAGGACUUCUUUGCAUUGAGCAAAGAGGAAGCACCGGAUAAUAUUCCCAUGAUGUUCAUCACAAUGCCAUCUGCCAAAGACCCAGAAGCCAAAAUCAGACACCCAGGUAAAUGUUGCAUGACAAUACUCACGAUGAUGAAGUAUGAAUGGUUUGAGGAAUGGAAGGACACUACAGUGCGCAAAAGGGGCGAUGAAUACCACAACUACAAAAUGAGGUUUGCUAAGAACCUCUUUGACUGGGCCUGCACUUUGUUCCCUAAAAUCAAAGACAAGUUGGUUUUCCAGGACGUGGCGACCCCGCUGACCAACAUGCACUAUCUGGGCUCCCAGCGUGGAGCCAUGUACUCUGCCGAGCACAACCUCGAGCGUUUCCAUGCCGAGAAUGUGGCGAGGAACAGGUGCAACACCCCCGUCAAAAACCUCUACAUCUCAGGUCAAGACGUGUUCAGCUGUGGGAUAGCAGGCGCUCUGCAUGGCGGACUCCUCUGCGCCUCCGCGGUGUUGGAUCACAUCGUCUACAUCGACUUGCUCCUCCUCAAGAAGAAGCUGAAGAAGAGGAAAGCCAGAGAGUUGGCCCAGCUGGCUAACAAGAAACUGCAGUGAGAGUGCUCUGUACUUCCCCUGCAGGACAAUAGUGAAACGGCACAAACCAGAUGUUGAGCUCCUCCCCGCUGGCCUGCCGCAGACUCCCACAGCUUGAACCCGGCCAACAACCACAGCUGCUACCAAUCUGAGGACUCUCAUAAGAAACUUUUUCAGACGACCCAGAUGAGAGGAAGACCCAGUCUGAAGAUAGCACCCCGGAUCAGACUGGGCUUAAAGGCAUGAGCAGGUGAUAAAAAAGCAAUACCCCACAUGUUUAAAGGGUCACUCCUACUUUAACUACUAACAUUAACAACUUCUACUUCUAUUUAGUGCAGUGUGAUGCCCUUGAUAGAUGAAAACUUUAAAUUUUGCCCAACAUGAGGGUUUAAAGCCAAAGUUUUCACAGGAAAGAGAGAGUUUCUGUGGAUGAAACCAAAUUAGUUAUUUUCCUGCUCCGCGUGGAUCACAGACCUCUUCUCCGAUGUCGGUGGAAAUCUGCUCCUUGAGGCCAACUUUCUGUAGAGCUAAAUGGAAAAUCCAAGGAAAAUGGCAUCUUCCCCAAAUCUCCAUUUUGCCUAAAAACAACAACUCUUUCUAGAAUCUGAAACACUACUGGUCCAACAUGUCUGCACACGCAAGCUCAACACUAGCAGAUGUACAUAAAGUUUAGCUCUGAGUACUCUAGUCAGUCAUGUCAUUGGUAUAUACACUGAUACAAUGUUUUAUUUCUGUCAAUAAAAUCGACAGAAAUUAGCGCCAACCUACGGGGAUUUGCUUUUCUUUGUCAUAUCUGAUAGUAACUUGAAUAUUUCAGGUUUUUCUGACAUUUUAGACACUUUCAUGAACUAAAACUCGCAAUAACUUGAUCCAGCAGUUACAGAGCAACAUCAUCAUCCAUUUGGAGUCGUGCUUGUGUCCACCUGAUGAAUCAAAGCCCAAUAUUAUCUCUCUUUAAGCUCAAUGGUCUCUACCAUCCUCUGAUGGAAAUAUACGUCUCUUUAGCUGCCAAUACUCCACUAUGUUCACCAGCUAAUUGCUAACUUUGUCUGACUACCGUUUGGUGUACAGCAGGUAGUGUACGGUCCGUUUUUUAAGCUUUUUUACGGAAACCGCUGCCUGAUUCUGCUGAUAACAAUGUCAUGAGAGCACCGAGAGUGAACCAAAACAGUAAAGUUGUCGGCCAGACAGCUAAAACAAUGAGCUAUCCUCAAUUGACUUGAUUGUUAUUUCAAAAACAUAGCUUAUAGACAUUUUAAAAUCCAAGAAACCUAUCAGCAGACUAAUCUAUAAUAAAAAUAAUCGUUGGUUGCAGUCGUUAAUUUCAAUGCUACAACAUUUUAGAAAGCUGAACUCAUCAACAUGCUUGUUAGCGUCCCUGUUUGCCGCAUUUCCAUUCUCAAACCAGAUAAAGCUGGUAAUUUGAGCUGCUAUUUUGAAGUGUUUCCACCCCAAAGUUUCAUCUAGUUUGAACACAUCUACAAUGACUUGCUUUUAUCAUGCUGCCACCUUGAAGAACUCAAUUAACUGCCUCACUUUGUCACUUCUUCUUCAUCUCAGCCUAACGACUGAAUUAAAAUGAAGGAAUGUAUCUUGGCGGGCCUCUACUUUCCCUUUUCAGCUGUUUGUAAUAUUUCCUGCGAGGCUGCGCCGCACAUUUGAUUGUAAAUUAUGAUGGCAUGUUGGCGUUUGGAUAAGAGAGAGAGAGAGAGAGA